AUAUGUAUAAGUUAUGAUAUUCAGUGAAAAUAGAAAUUGAGUGUGUGUGUAUGCGUCAGGCGGACUGGUGUACUGGGCGGAUUCUACUGUGGGUACAGUGAGCGUGGCGCGGGUAUCAAACGCCCGCGAUAGACUGACACUAGUCACCGCGCCCGACUCCGCGCGAUACAGCCCCAGGUCCAUCGUACUCGACCCCGCCAACGGGUAACUCAUGAGUUCUGUUACAAACAUUAUAGUUCAGUUCAAUUUGUGUCCAGGGGUGUAGCUACCGCCGUAUCAAUUAUACGGGGCCCCAAACGUACGUAAACAAAAAUUAAUAAGAACUUCCCGAUGUUUUUAUUAAUUUCAGAAAUGACAAAGUCAAAUAAUUAUCUCAGAACUUCGAACUUUUUUAAAUUAUCUAAGUACUUUUUUAAAUUAUCUAAAAACUUCGAUGGAACAUGAACGCCUGUCAGAACUGGUACUAUUGCCCAUACAGGUAGAAACUUUGGCAAAACUAGAGACAGCAUUAACUAUAAAUGAUUUUCCGAAACAAGUCAAGACGAGAGUAGAUUCGACCGAGUGGUUCGUUCGCCGGUUUCAGGGUGUCGCAAUCUCUGAGAUCCCGGGUUCGAUUCCCGGUCGGAUCAAUGUAGAAAAUGAACUUUUCUGUAUUGUCUCGGAUCUGGGUGUUAUGGCACCUUCGUUGUCUCAGAUACUCCAUAAUACGGGACUUAAGCUACUCAUCUUGGCUCACUCACCACUCACCCUUCAUAAGGGCCCUCAACAAAAAAUUGUAUACGGGGCCCCGUCAAGGCACGCUACACCACUUUUGAUGUACUGGUCGGUGUGGGGUGGGGAGAAGGGCGGGCUGAUAGAGCGCGCGCACAUGGACGGUGGCGAUCGGUCACACCUCGUGCACACCCAGUUACACUGGCCAGCCGGACUAGCGCUGCAUAGAGAUUAUCUCUACUGGUGCGACAUUUACUUGAACAAGAUCGAGCGUUUGUCUUUGAGUAGUAAAAUGCGCGAGGUGGUGGUAUCCAAUAGUCCCACCACGCCGGUUCUUAAGCCUUACGGUCUAGCGAUAUACGAAGAAACUCGCAGGAGUAAUCAGAAAGGUUAUCAAAAAAUUACUAUUAUUAGAUCCUCCGUGCUUCAAAAAGCACAUAAGCCGUUAACAUCCAUCAAAUCCGCACUGAGACUGUGUGACGAGUUGUGGCCUUUCGUCCAUACCUUUUUAUUGUGGUACCGCUUUAAUGAAACCCCGCCGCUUAGCGAGCGAUGUGGUUAUGUAGGACUUCCCUCUGUGGAUCCACCAAACGGAGCCAUUCGUCCAUACUUGACUCUAUCUAAGGAUAAUACAAUGAGCCGUUACUUAGGUGCUAUAAUAUGGAGUGAGCACGACACGGGCAAAGUGCGGCGCCGCGACGUGAACGGGACAGUGACUGUCGCGUAUGAUCUGCCCCCACCACUCUAUGACCUCAAGCUCGUCUCUUCCAUCGCUGAUGUCGGUGAGAACGCGUGUUCGCGUAACAACGGCGAUUGUGCCGCGUUGUGCUUGCCGGUGCCGGGCGGCCGCCGCUGCGCGUGUGUGCCGCCCGCACACAUACACACCGACAAGCGCACGUGCCGCACAAGCACGCACGCGGCCACUGCCCCGCCCCCGGCCCCGCCCUCGCCCUGUGACCGCGGCCGCUUCCACUGCGGGACCGGGCAGUGUAUAGAGCAAUCAUACGUGUGUGACGGCGACACGGACUGCGCCGACGGCAGCGACGAGGAUGCCUCCCCCGCGGGGCCCUGUGCGAACGCAACUUGUGACGACAACCAUUUGCAAUGCGACAAGAAUAGAUGUAUACCGAAGAGCUGGGUCUGCGAUGGUGCCAAAGAUUGUUCGGACGGGUGGGAUGAGGCGGGUGGGUGCGGCGUGAGCACUUGCGGGGCGGAGCAGUGGCGGUGUGUGCACUCCGGCCGCUGCGUGCCCGCAGCCUGGCGCUGCGACCGCGCACACGACUGCGGACCACACGAUACCAGCGACGAGGAACACUGCGAGAGCGUGGAGUGCGACAGUCGUCUGAUGUUCGGAUGCUCGAGUGGCGCGUGCGUGCCGUGGGAGUACUACUGCGACGGGCACGCGGACUGUGCGGACGGCUCCGACGAGCGCGCGUGUCGGUCCACGCCCGCCUCAACCCCCCACCCCGCUCCCGCCACCACGCACCACCCCCACCAGCGCACGCAUCCUAAUCAACAUGACACCGAUAAAGGAGGUCUCUGCGAAGAACACGAGUUUCAGUGUAAAAAUACGGAAUGUAUACGAAAGGAGUUCAGAUGUGAUCAACGAGUGGACUGCCUGGAUGGGUCGGACGAGGAGUCUUGUCCAUCGGGCGCGCCCCCCUCGCCUCCGCCGGCCUCCCCGGCACCCCCAGCGGCUGAGGAGUGCGCGCCCCCCGCGCUCGCGUGCGAUAACAACACGCGAUGUGUGCCGCUGCAUCUGCAGUGCGACGGCGAUCCAGACUGCGACGACGGAGCGGACGAGGCUGGCAGAUGCGACGAGCCGAUGUGUUUGUUGUCGGGGUGUGAGGGCACGUGCGCGCGGUCCCCGGGCGGGCCCGUGUGUGCGUGCGCUCCCCCACUACAGCUAGCGGCUGACGGGCUCACGUGCGAGGGGGCACAGCUCUGCCGCUGGGGACAGUGCAGUCAGAUAUGCGAGCCACAUAAGAACCGUCACAAGUGCACCUGCUAUGAAAAUUAUCAACUGGCUGACGAUGGAUUCACUUGCAAGAGCACACUGAACGUGUCCGCGCUGAUAGUAUUCAGCAACCGUCACGAGGUGCGAGGGCUGCAGUUGCCCGCGAUGACGUCACGCGCGCUCCUCUCCGCCCUUAAGAACACCGUCGCCAUAGACUACCUGCACUCCUCCCCUCCCACCCUAUACUGGACCGAUGUCGCCGACGACAAGAUAUACUCCGGCGCGUUGCAUCCCGCCGGUCUGAGUAACAUCGAGGUGGUGGUGGAAUCGGGGCUGACCAAUGCCGAAGGCCUGGCGGUGGACUGGGUCGCGCACAACCUGUACUGGGUCGACAGCUCCCUGCACCAGAUAGAGGUGGCGAAGCUAGACGGACGGUAUCGUCGCACCUUGAUAUCCGGCGACAUGGACAGUCCGCGGGCGAUCGCCGUAGAUCCCAAUGCCGGAUACCUGUUUUGGAGCGAUUGGGAGGCAGCGGCGGCGCGCAUAGAACGUGCGUCGCUGGCGGGUCAAAACAGGACCGUGGUGGUUCACGUGGGUGCGCUCAUCGGUGGCGCAUGGCCCAACGGCAUUACUCUGGACCACCGCGCCCGGACGCUCUACUGGAUAGACGCCAGAUCGGACGCGAUCCACUGCAGCACGUAUGAGGGUACGCGCGUAGUGUCCGUGUUGCAGUCUCACUCGGCACUGGCGCACCCGUUCGCCAUCACCGUGUACGAGGGCAGCGUGUACUGGACGGACUGGCGUAGCAACAGCGUAGUGCGCGCUGACAAGUUCACCGGACAGGACGUCGCCGUGCUCACGCGCACGCUCACGCAACCAUUUGACAUCAAGGUAAUCCACCCGAGCCGUCAGCCGCCGGCGAAAUAUAACCCGUGUGAGAGCAACGGCAACUGUUCCCAUCUCUGUCUGAUCGACUCCCCGCAGACACGCGUCUGCGCAUGUCCGCACCUCAUGCGACUCGCCAACGAUACCACCUGCGAACCGCACGAGGUGGUGUUAUUGAUCGGUCGGCGUGAGUCGCUACGCGGCGUGGAGUGGGAGGCGCCGGCCCGCACGCUGGCGCCCGCACGCACCGCGCCGCUACUGCGGGCGCCCACGCAUCUGCACGCGCACACGCCCACUCAGAACCUGUACCUCGUCGACGCCGACACUAGCGAGCUUCUAUUGCUGGACGUGCGGGGCGGGGCGGCUCGCGUUGUGGCAGAGGGAGUUGGGGCGGCUUGUGUGGGGGCGGGGGCGUUGUACUACCACGCGGGGGGCGCGCUGUGGGCCGCGGACUUGAACGGACACCGCCCCGUCCGAUUGCUGCGUAUCAACACUCCGCAUGCUAUAGCCGUCGACCCACUCAGAGGCAAGUUGUACUGGGCGGUGCGGGGUGAGGGCGGUGAGCGAUUGGAGCGGGCGGACGGGGAUGGUAGCAAUCGUGUCGUACUCAAGCACGCGCGGGACGAUCCCUACCUAGCUGACGUCACCAGUAUGACAAUGGACGUAGAGGCGAAUCGUUUGUACUGGGUGAACAGCGGCUCCGCCACUAUACAGUACUUGGACCUGAACAGAACCGAUGCUAACAUCACUACGUUGCCGCUAGGUUGGGGCAGUCGUCCGUCUGCCAUGACUGUGUACAAUGGAGAAGUGGUGUGGGCGGACGCUGCUACGGUAUCUGUGCGCGCGUGCAAGCCGCCACACUGCCGGCAACCACGGGAGCUGCUGCGGGGACGAGAUGCAGAGGGCGUGUUAUCUUUGUUGGUGUACGAUCCGCGCGUACAAGCACGUAUAACGAGCGCGUGCGCGCGGCGUGCGCGAGCGUGUGAGCAUCUGUGUCUGUCUCUGUCCAACACACGCUCCACGUGCCGCUGCGCACUUGGGUACACGCUGCAAGGAGACCACUGUGUUCCCGUGGACGAAAUAGUGGUAUACUCGUUGAGCUGGGAGGUACGUGGCGUGGCAGCGGAUCCAGACGCACUCAAGACGAACGCGACUGACGAGGUGGACGAAACUGUUGAGGAUAUCGAGACCGACGAAACUUCGGAGUCCGCGCUGCCGCCCAUCCCGCAGCUAACCAUGGCCAGCGCUAUAGAUUAUCAUGCCGAGAGCGCGGUGUACGUGUGUUAUGCAGAGGGCGGAUGGUUGUAUUGGUCGGAUGGUGAAGCGGGCCGAGUGUGGCGAGUGAGGCGGGACGGGACCAGUCGACAGAUGCUGCUGCAGCAGAACGAGCCCAUCGACCAGCCAUACGACCUCGUGGCCGGUAUAGCGGUGGACUGGGUGGGAGGUAACGUGUUGUGGUCAGAUCCUCGUCGUGGUGUGGUGGAAGCUGCGCGACUGGACGGCACCAGGCGAUACGUGCUGCUGGAUACAGCGCCCGCCGCCGUCUCAUCGUUAUGUGUGGACGCGGUGCGCGGCUGGGUGUUUAUGUCCGGCGGCGGCUGGAUCCAGCGCGCGAGACUGCACGGGGCACAGCGAUCGCUGCUCUACAACGGCACGGCCGUCGCUGAUAUCGCACUAGACACACAGAACGAAGAGGUAUAUUGGGCGGACAGCUGGGAGGGAAGCGUGUGGCGUAUGUCGUACAACGGCACGCAACAGCGGCGAGUCUCCGCUGCCAGACAUAACACGGCCGCGCUAGCUGUACACCAGCAAAAGCUUUACUGGCUGGACACGGUACUACACCAGGGGAGCGUAUUGGUGGCGCCUCUCACUAAUCUAUCAGAUUACCGCGUGCUCGCCGAGAACGUCGGCGAUAGUCUGAAGGAUAUACUGGUGUGGUCGCGCAGUGAUCAGACAUUGCCGAACAAGACAGUAAAUAAGUCGAUUUCUUCUAAAGAGAUCAUGAGUAAUGUGGAGGUGUCCGGUGGGUAUUGUGCAGGCGGGGCGGAUAAAUGCGAGGGGCUGUGUCUGUGGGACCGCUGCGUGUGUCCGCACGGACGACUCGCACCGAAUAACGUCUCCUGUACACCGUACGACACGUUCGUGAUGUAUUCGCGCGUCACUAAGAUCGACAGCAUCCAUGUGAACGACGAGCGAGAUUUCAACUCACCAUACCCGCCCAUACAAGACAAGUGA